GAACUCCCAUGGAGAGCAACGGUCGCCGGCGAAAGAACACCUCCGGCGACGUGUUCUCUUUUCCGAGCAUGUCGGCACGAGACCAACAAAACUUCGAGUUCGAGUUCGGGUGGGCCACGCCGGCUGGGUCGCCGUCCUACGACCCGGCCAAGGACUCGCCGGCUGACCACCUAUUCUACAACGGCCGGCUGCUGCCACACGCGUUCCCGGCGACUAACGUCGCAAGCGAGUAUCUCCGAGCAGCGAGCCGGGCCAGCAGCGCGAGCAGCAGGGAUUCGCUGACGUGGUCGAGGAGCAACAGCGGCAGUAACAGCAGAAGCAGCAGCUCAUGCAGCAGCGCGAGGACGAGCUCCAGCGAUAAUUCCGACCGGAAAGUGUGGAGUGCUCAGAGAAAACUCUCCGGAAAAACACCCAUCACCAGAGAUAGAUAUCUGCAGGCGAUAAAUAACGGUAAGCCUGUUUUGGUUCAGGCGUAUGGGCCUUAUCAGAAAUGGCAGUUCAUUGCGCCAGCGCCAGUGCUGAAGCCGGAGGUUUCUCGUCGGAAGAACAAAUCUGUGCAGGUUUCGCCGGAGGAGCUGAGACCGAAGAAGCAACCCGAGAAGAAGAAGAAGAAGAAGAAGAGCGGUGGUAAUGGGUGGAGCUUAGGGUUUGGCCGGAAGUUUUUGCAGUCCUUCGUUUCAGCCUGCAGAGAGUGUCACUCCAUGGAACCCUCCAUAAAAGUGAAGAUCAUACAGUAAUUAAUUAAUCAAUGAUCGAUCUAAGGAAGAUGUUGAUCAUCAUUAACGUAUACGUAGAACUUUUUUUCCUUUUUGAGUUAUAUUUGAUUUUGGGCAUGGAUGGUUUGGUUAGCAUAUUCAUAAUUGGAAUAAUUUUU